GCAAAAUGUCAAACCUCUAUAAAGCAGCAGUGCUGAAAAAGGUGGCUGAGAUUAACAAGGCUUCAAAGGAUGGAGAGCUGUACACUAUGCUUGGUGACCCUUCACCGAAAAUAGCAGAUGCAUCUGAAGAUGGAUUGGUAGCUGCCCCUCAGCUGCAUACGUUUAAACGAAAAAGAGUGGGUGCACCAUCUUUAUUCCAGAGUGCAUCCAGCUUGCUGCAAAACACAAAGCCAGCCGUUGAGCCACCACAGACUAAUCAUGACACCAUAGAAGAGUCCGACCCCAGCAAUGCUAAUCCACUUCUUGUAAACUCUGCAGGUACCAGUAAAAAUGUAAACAGUCCAAGCAAAAAGCCCCGUCUUAGUAAGAAGAAGCAAGAGUUGGUCUCUGCAGCAGCCAAAGACUCGCAAAACAUCUCCAAGUUUUUUUCUUCUCAGGGUAAAUCUAAUGUCUCAAAAAUGUCAAAAAGUGACAGCGCUACUGUAGGUGAAAGCACCUCUACCAGUGUCCUCACUGAAAACGUGGACUCUUUUAUUACAUCAGAUGUAUUGAAAGAGGAGCAGAGCAGUGGGGAAGAAAAUGUCAGACGUUUACCAGCUGCUGACAGUUCAGAGAACCCAACUGUCCCGAUCCCGGGAACAAAUAUUCUGUUACAGAACUCUAAAACUGAACGGUCAUUGGAGACAAAAGGCCAGUCUAGCACUUUAUUUGUACAUCGUUCAGCCAGUAUGGAAGUUUCAGAUCAUCUCCAACAUAUGUAUAUCUCUAAAACAAGCAUUGAGGAUUCCUCGGCUCUAUGUCCACCACAAAGCCAGAAACUAUCUACUGAUGCUUCAUGCCAGGAAAGAUUGAAGGAGUCUGUGAAUUCCAGUAAAGGUCACAGCAAUUCUAGCCAUCAUGAGGUAGAGAAGAAGGCAUCAGAAGAGGAGGAGUCUGACGAGCCUACCAGAAAGAGGCCAAGAAUAGAAGAAAAAUCCUGCUCCAUUUUGUCCCAUCCAGUGAAAAGCAACAGUGGCUGUGGCAAAAAGAAAGUGACUUUUGACCCAAAUCUCUGCCAUGAAGACAAGGAAGGCACCUCUAAAAUAUUACAGCCACCUGGGAAUAAGGUGGUGACUCUUAAAGAGACGGCUGACAUUGUGGUGAAAUAUUUGACCCCAUUUUUCCGGGAUGGAAAGUUUGCCUCCAAGGACCUGUUUAAAGGAUUCGCUAGGCACCUAUCUCACCACUUAGCUGGAGAUAACAAGACACCUCUGCGGAAAAAUGUAAAAGAAGAGGCUCAGAGGUUGAUCAAGACAUUUUUUAAGAACCGAACAACUUGUGAGAGUGAGAGAGACUGGCAGGAGAUGCUGCAGGCUGCCACCUAA